UUUCGGUGUCUCCAGUUUUAUGCACUGCCAAUAGCAAGGUCGAAGUUAUUUUGUCUUCGUUCAUGUUUUAGAACGUAGUUUGUGUCAAUUUAGAAACGGUUGUGAAAGGUAAAAUCUGUGUUUUUGUUUCCGGAAGAAGACUUAUUACAUGUGUGGUUUAGUUACGUACAAAACGUGGUGUUGGAUUUCGGUUGAUUUUUCGUUCAGUUUCUCCUAUACGAAUAAGGGUGCCCAUACACGGUGGGGUUAGUACUUUAGCUAUUGUUGAGUUCCUUCUUUGUUUUUAACCGGCCAAUGAUCAGCAGCAAUGAUGUUCAACGGUGGCUGUGAAAUCCUACAACCCACCUCUAUACAGACCAUAGAGAACAACACAAGAGCGAAACAUGACGCCUACGUGAAAAUCAUAGAACAGCCAGCGCCAAAAGCACUACGAUUUCGUUAUCUAUGUGAGGGUAGAUCAGCCGGUUCUAUUCCUGGUAUAUCCAGUACACCUGAAAACAAGACUUUCCCGGCUAUCCAAGUGGUAGGAUAUCAAGGCAGAGCAGUUGUGGUAGUCUCUUGUGUCACAAAAGAUCAACCUUAUAGGCCACACCCCCACAACUUAGUUGGAAGAGAAGGAUGUAAACGAGGAGUAUGCACACUGGAAAUACCGACUGAGACGAUGUCCAUCCAGUUCUGUAAUUUAGGAAUACAAUGCGUUAAAAAGAAGGAAAUCGAAACAGCCUUACGUCUCAGGGAAGAAAUUAGGGUGGACCCCUUCAGAACCGGCUUCAACCACAGAAACCAACCAACCUCCAUCGACCUCAACUCUGUGAGGUUAUGUUUCCAGGUUUUUCUGGAGGGUGAGAAGAAAGGCAAGUUUACGGUACCACUUCCUCCGGUGGUCAGUGAGCCAGUUUACGACAAAAAGACAGCCUCCGAUCUGGUCAUUGUCAAGUUGUCGCACUGUGUAAGUGCCGCAGAUGGAGACAGACCAGAGAUUAUAAUGCUCUGUGAGAAGAUCACAAAAGAAGACAUACAGAUCAGGUUUUACGAAGAACGGGAUGGCAUGUUGAUAUGGGAGGAUUUCGGAGAGUUUCAACCGGCCCAGGUGCACAAGCAGGUUGCGAUCUGUUUCAAACCUCCCAGAUAUCACAAUUCGGAAAUCAGCGACCCCACGAAAGUUUUCAUACAGUUGAGGAGGCCGUCGGAUGGCGCCACCAGCGAACCAAUCCCCUUUCAAUUCCUACCGAUACUACCUGUGAUAGACAAGAAGAGGAAACGCGCAAAAUUGGACAGUCUGUUGAAUCUAACCAACGAGAUGGCGCUGGGGGGCAACUCACCGUUCCUGAACAUAAAGAUGGAGCCUAGAGAAUGCAGUUUCCCUUGGACACAAGGCACGGUCAACUUGAUGCCUAUGAACGCGAAUGUGCCCAGUUUGCCGACGGCCGGAGCCCUGCCUCCGAUGUCCUGGAACCUCCCGUACAGCCCGAACAUACAGGGUGCUCAAAUCAGUCAGCCGACUCCAACGAACCUCAUGGAUAGCGGUGCUUUGAGGAGUCUUCUGGACCUGGACUCUCACACCGAAUUCAAGCAGAUUAGCUUGAAUUCUGGGGAGCUGGGGCCCUAUGAACCAACCCUGGACGUGACCAAUCUCUCCGAUACCCUCAAUACCAACCUGUCUUUGACCGACAUUCAGGUGGGAGACGAUCAGAACAUGACGGAUAGUUUGACAAGGCUUGCCAACAAUACGAUAGAUAGAAUAUGUCAGGGAACGAACAAUUUCAAGUAGUAUUUUGUCACAUACAAAUUCGAAUAGUUGGCUGUGUGUGUUUACAAUCCAAGCGUCAAUGUGGCGGACAGGACUUUUGAACUACUCGACGCGAUUCUGUGAAUAUUUUUCUAUGCAUCUCGACAAUUGCUCAUUCAAGUAGGGAAGUUCGACCGAGGACUUUAUGAUUUAUUUUGUGAUUUUCAACAAGUGCACUGUUGAUAUUUCAAUUAAUUCGACUAGUAUGGAUAAUUUAUUUGAUUCAUACGAUUUCAUAGCGAUGUAUUCAAUUGAGAAUGGGGUUCGUUAGAAUUUUAUUCUAGCUUCACAGGAACUUACUUUGUAAAGAAUAAUAAUCUAUAAAUCACAAAGUUUGCCCCCAAAUUUCAUUCAAAAGAUUUAGAUAAAAAUCUCUGUGAAUUAAGUAGUCCUUUUAUUGCUUUGUUCGAUACUGAGAAUAGUAAAAAAAAAUUCUAACGAGUUCCGGGAUCAAACGAAUAACUUCCAAAUUUUAAUUCCUUAUGGAAACAAUCAUGCUUUUUGAGUGUUUGGAUCGAACAAUUGUAAAUAGUGAUUUUAAUUCGAUUAUACCUACAUGAAUCCAAAGAUCUCCCGAUUCAAACUGAAAAAAAUAUGUUGCAAUGUAUUUUUUCAUUGAUACAGAAAAUUUUCAUCGAUUUAUUAGCAGAGGCAGAAGAUAAAGUGUUGCUGCAGAUAAAACUCAUCGAAAUGAUUUUAACAACUGGAUGGAAAUCGUACCAACAGUUCAGAAGCUGCAUAAGAUUAUCUGUUCGGCUCAUCGAAGAGAUAGGAGUUCCAAAUUUACUUUCAGUCGGGAACUUUCAGGAAAGAUGAUAAAAUGUAAGAUUUUCUAGUGAUUUGUUAGCCAUUCUCUAAUCAACGAACAACAGAGCUGAACGGAAACAGUUUUUCUGAACUGGGUAGUCGUAAAUGUAAGAAAUUAAUUGUACAUUCAGUUCAGCUGAAUUCU